AUGGGUGUGUAUAAUAGACAAGUUAAUAAUUGGCAUUCAAUUCCUGUAGAUCCACAGGAUUUCAAUUUGUUUACGACUUUAAAUAGUGGUCAAGCUUUCCGCUGGGUUUUUAAUUCAACUCUGAAUGAAUGGCAUGGAGUAAUAAAUGGUCACUUAUGGAGAUUACGUCAAAUGGAGGUUUCUAACCCAGUUGAAUAUUAUUUUGAGAAAAAAUCGGAUAUAAAAUCAAACGAUGUUCCUUUUGAUUUACGUGAUUACUUUAGAUUGGAUGUGAAUUUAUCUGAUCUUGUAAAGGAAUGGUGUUUAAAGGAUAAAUGGUUUGAGAAUCGUUUCUCUAAAAAUUGUCAAAUGGAUACAGCUCGUGGUUUACGCUUAUUAAGACAAGAUCCAGAAGAAACAUUAUUCUCUUUCAUUACAUCAGCUAAUAAUAAUCUAACAAGAAUUACUAAAUUACUCUGUAAAUUGUGUAGUGAAUAUGGUAAUCCAUUGUACUUGGGAAAUGGUGAUCUAAGGCAUUGGACAUUUCCAUCACUUGAAAUACUUGCACAACCUGGAAUGCAGGAUAAUUUAAAAAAAAUUGGUUUUGGUUAUCGUUCCAAGUUUAUUACGCUUGCUGCCAACUGGCUUUUGAAAAAUGGAGGUCGAUCUCGUCUACUUGAACUUCGUUCCAUGUCCCAUUUUGAAGCUCAGUCAUUUCUGCUUCAAAUACCUGGAAUCGGGAAGAAGGUUGCAGAUUGUAUAUGUCUUAUGUCGUUAGAUAAAUUAAAUGUUGUCCCUAUCGAUGUUCAUAUGCAUCGUGUUGCACGUGAGAAAGGAAUUCCUGAAGCAUCCUGUAAAAAUAUGACUACAAAAUCAUAUGAUAUUAUCUCAAAUUCCCUUAGUGAUUUUUGGGGAAAUUAUUCUGGAUGGGCACAAACGAUUCUUUUCUAUACUCGUAUGAUGGAAUCGAAACCUAAUAAAAAACUAAAGCAACAAAUCAGUCGUGCUGAUAUCAACAUUUAG